AUGAUGAAACUCCCAAUUCUUCUGCUGCUUGCCGCUGGGGCUUCAACUGCUCCCUCAAAGAUGGACGAACUGGUGGUUGAAUUGGACAAAGAGCUGACCCAUAAGCCCCUCAUCAAGACAACCGUGAAAUUGGAAGACGUGACACUUCAAGCCGGACAAAGCGCAGUUUUGCACUGCGAAAUUCUUUCAAUUCCAUCGGCUGUGAUCUUCUGGGAGAAAAAUGGGAAGUUAGUUCAAGGAGACCGUGAAUUAAAUAUCUUUGAAAAACUGAUUAACACCGGGAAACCACUAGUUGACAAUGGCAUCGUUUCUUCCAACUAUCAUAUCCCGUGUGCCACCCACAACGACACCGGGGUAUACAAAUGUAUUGGUUACAACGGACACAAAAGAAUUGAAAGCACCGCUGUAGUUGAGAUUGAGGGAACUGACGCAAAGUGUCCUUCCAACAAACAUACGGCCCCAAUGAUUACGCUCCAAACUGAGAGUCGAUUCGAGAUGUCCGGAAACGCGGCAACCCUCGUCUGCCGUGCCAACAAGAAAGCCACCUGGUCAUGGACUUUUGAUGGAGAUGCGAUAUACUUUGAAGAGGGACGCCACGAGAUCCUUCCAACUGGAGACUUGCUCAUCCGCAACAUUUCAUGGUCGGACAUGGGAGACUACUUCUGUACUGCCAAGAACAAAUACGGAGUUGCCGAAGGAGAGACGUUCCUCUACCCAACGAAGAGAACCACAUAA